CCGAAAUAAUUAAUGGUGAUGAAAUGAAUAAUUGUAAUAAACAAAAAAUGAUUGAAUCAUCACCAGUGGCUAAAAAAACCAGUGCCUGUAUUUAUCAUAAUCCAUGUUUGGAUGGUAAUAAUAUGAUGAUGAAUGAUGUUAAUGGCGUCAAUGUUGGUAGUAAUAAUUGUCUUGAAGAUGAUCAUUGUUCACAAGAAAUAAUCAAAUUGAUUAAAGAAUCAUUAAACUAUGAAACCGGUGAUCAUCAUACAUUCAUUGUAUUCGGUGCAUCUGGUGAUUUGGCAACGAAAAAAAUUUAUCCAACACUUUGGGCAUUAUAUCGUGAUGAAUUGAUGCCAUUGAAAACUGGUAUCGUUGGCUAUGCAAGAUCAUCAAUGACCGUACAAAAAUUAUAUGAACAUAUUGGACGACAUAUAAAAUUACGUGAUGAAGAUGAACGUGAAUUAUUUCAACAAUUUUUAUUACACAAUUUCUAUGUACAAGGCGAAUAUGAUGAUGAUAAUGGUUUUAUUAAAUUAAUGAAACGUGUCCAAGAAUUAGAGGAUAAUGAUAAUGGAUUACAUGCUAAUCGUCUUUUCUAUUUGGCAUUGCCGCCAAAUAUAUUUGAAUCAACAACAAAAUUGAUCAAACAACAUUGUUGGAAUACCAAAGGAUGGAAACGUAUUAUAAUUGAAAAACCAUUUGGACAUGAUUAUGAUUCAUCACAACAAUUAUCACGUCAUUUACAAUCAUUAUAUGAUGAAGAUGAAAUUUAUCGUAUCGAUCAUUAUCUUGGCAAAGAAAUGGUACAAAAUCUAAUGGUAUUACGAUUUGGUAAUCGUAUUUUUGCACCAAUUUGGAAUCAUGAACAUAUAUCUAGUAUACAGGUUACAUUCAAAGAACCAUUUGGCACUAUGGGACGUGGUGGUUAUUUUGAUCGUUUCGGUAUUAUCCGUGAUGUGAUGCAAAAUCAUUUGCUACAGAUACUAUGUUUAGUUGCAAUGGAAAAACCAGUAUCGACUAAUGCCGAAGAUAUUCGUGAUGAAAAAGUAAAAGUUUUACGUGCAAUGCGUACACUUUCAUCGGAUGAUAUUGUAUUAGGCCAAUAUAUUGGUAAUCCAAAAUUAGAUGGUGAAGGCAGAUUAUCAUAUCGUGAUGAUCCAACCGUACCAAAUGAAUCAUUAACAGCAACAUUUGCAUUAGCACGUUGUCAAAUUAAUAAUGAACGUUGGGAUGGUGUACCAUUUUUCUUACGUUGUGGUAAAGCAUUGAAUGAACGUAAAGCUGAAAUUCGUAUACAAUUUCGUGAUGUUCCUGGUAAUAUAUUUCAUGGCCAAUGUACUCGUAAUGAAUUGGUUAUUCGUAUACAACCAAAUGAAGCUGUCUAUAUUAAAUUUAUGACCAAAGAACCUGGAAUGACAUUUCGUUUAUCUGAAACAGAAUUGGAUUUAACCUAUCAGAAUCGUUAUAAAGAUUCUCGAUUACCUGAUGCAUAUGAACGUUUAUUGAUGGAUGUUUUUGGUGGAUCACAGAUGCAUUUUGUACGUUCAGAUGAAUUAUCUGAAGCAUGGCGUAUAUUUACACCAUUAUUACAUGAAAUUGAAAUGAAAAAAAUUGUACCAGCACCAUAUUAUUAUGGUACACGUGGCUGUAAACAGGCAGAUGAUUUUUGUGUAGCCAAUGGUUUCAAAUUCUAUGGCACAUAUACAUGGCCACAAUCAUCACGAUCUUCGUCAUCGACAACAAAAACAAAAAAAACUUCAAAUAUUAAAACAAAUGAUGUUGAUGAUGAUGAUGAUUUGAAUAAACAAAAUGGAAAUUAAUAUGUUGAAAAAUAUUUCAAAAAUUUAACAAAAAAAAAAGAUAAAAUUGAAAAUUUCCAUUGCCAAAGCAUUGUUCAUAAUUGCAUUCUACUACUCUGAUAUACAUUAUUGAUUUCUUAAGAAAAACAGAGAUGAUGAAAAACAUUGAAAUAAAUUUUUAUAAUCAUUUAUUGUUCAAUAUA